GAUCAGCAUGGCCACCCCGAGGAGGACGGUGCUGAUCUCGGGCUGCUCCUCCGGGCUCGGCCUGGAGCUCGCCGUGCAGCUGGCUCGGGACCCCAAGCAGCGCUACCAGGGAGGCUGCCGGGACCAGAGGUCGCCCCAGUUGGAAGGCCCGUUUCUGCAGCCCUCUGCCCUCUGUCCCAGAAACACCACAGCUGGGGCGGUGGAGGUCUGAGCACCAGCGUGCAGAGCCAGCCGUGUCCCUGUCUUUGGGCAGAUGGGUCGAGGGUCCAAACUGCUAAGUGGUGGCCACUAUGAGAGACCUGGGGAAAAAGGAGGCCCUGGAGGCGGCUGCGGGGGACGCUCUGGGGAAGACCCUCACGGUGGCCCAGCUGGACGUGUGUGACGAUGCCUCGGUGGCCCAGUGUCUGAGCCACAUCCAAGGCGGGGACGUGGAUGUGCUGGUGAAUAACGCAGGCGUGGGCCUGGUAGGGCCCCUGGAGGGAGUCAGCAUCGCCACCAUGCAGAGUGUGUUCGACACCAACUUCUUCGGGGCCGUGCGUCUCGUCAAAGCAGUGCUUCCCGGGAUGAAGAGGAGGAGACGGGGCCACAUCGUGGUGGUCAGCAGCGUCAUGGGGCUGCAGGGCGUCGUGUUCAACGAUGUCUACGCAGCCUCCAAAUUUGCCCUGGAGGGGUUCUUCGAAAGCCUGGCCAUCCAGCUCCUCCAGUUCAGCAUCUCCAUCUCCCUGGUGGAGCCCGGCCCGGUGGCCACCGACUUCGAGGCAAAGCUCCUGGCUCAGGCGUCCACCGCGGAGUUCCCGGGCACCGACCCCGACACCCUGGGCUACUUCCGAGACCUCUACCUGCCCGCCUCCUCGCAGCUGUUCCGCUCCGUGGGGCAGAGCCCGGGGGACGUGGCCCGGGUGAGUGACCUCGGCCCUGGGACGCUGCGGGGUGGGGGGCCCCGAGGCCCCAGAGCUCAGGGCCCGUCACACCACACAGGCCAUCGUGAAGGUCAUCGGUGCCGCCCGGCCACCGCUGCGCAGACAGACCAACGCCCGCUACGCCCCUCUGAUGGCCCUCAAGGCCCUGGACCCCUCGGGGCGCCUGUACGUGCGAACCGCCCACCGCCUGCUCUUCCGCUGGCCGGGCCUCCUGCGCUUCAGCCUGCGCUGCCUGGCCUGCAGCUGCCUCCCGAGCCGCGUGCAGCCGCGAUGACGGAGCCUGGAGGGAUCCUCGCCAGCCCUGAGCAGCCCCGGGGUGGGGGGACCCGGGGCCUUUGCACUGAGCCCCAUCCUAGCUCUUUUCAGAUUCUCUGUUUCUGAGACACAGUCUGGCUAAAUCGCCAAGUUGCUCAAGCUGGGCUGGAACUGGAGAUCCUCCUGCCUCAGCCUCCCAGAGUGCUGGCUGCCGCAGUCGGCCACCCAGGUGCUCUCUGCUGCCCACUCAACGCAGUGAGCCCAAGGGACUCUCAGGACUGCAUUCACGAAGUCACUCAGCAGCUGGUCCCUUCGUAAAGUCAGUCAGCUGACUCUGCUGGCCUGUUCCAUACCUGCCAUUGUGGAAAUCUCUGUCCCUUAGCGGUCAGGACCCAGAGCCAGUCUGGGCAGGCCAGAGGGUCCCCCUGGAGGAAGGGGCGUCGUCACAAACCUCAAAGGACAGGACGCACUUCACGUCAUCAACUGCAGGGUCUCGUGACCCGGGCUGUGAACACAGGGAUGAUCAGCGCCGGGCUCCCCGUGUCACACCCCAGAGCCCAGUUUCCUGGUCCGCCGCUGUUUUUCCGGGAAUUACGAGCCAUAUUUACAAUAAAUAUUCAGUAGAACUGAAUGCCUUCUCCUUCCUCUGUGUGUGGCUCUGGGAGGAGCCCAUGGCCCUCACGCCGAGCUCUGUCCCCAGCCCUUUCUAAAUGUUUAGCAGAUUUCUCGCUAAGUUGCUAAGUCAGCCAGGCUGGGCUCAGAUCUGCCGUGUUCCUGCCUCAGCCUCCCCAUCCAGCUGGCCGCAGUUGGUUGACUCUGCGGACACAAGGACCCAGCCGCCCCGUGCAGUCUGCAGGAGAGCAGAUUAGUGGCGACAGCUGGGAGCCUGACGAACGGCCUUGAACCUCAGAAAUGGACUCAGACAGUGUGUGCAAAUCAAUGGUGAAUUAUAGCUUCAUAAAAAUCCAAUCAAUGUUUUAAAACAAUAAUAAACAUCCACAGAAGCCCAGGAGCUCAUCCUGUGGCUACCCGCUC